AUGCCUCCCCCUUUCCGAUCCCUUGCCCGGUCCUCAGCAUCAACUUCUCUUGGGCAGUGCCCUCCCUGUUUUCCUCUCCCUUUCCCCCUGUCCUCCUCUCCCUUUCCCCCUGUCCUCCUCUCCCUUUCCCCCUGUCCUCCUCUCCCUUUCCCCCUGUCCUCCUCUCCAUUUCCCCCUGUCCUCCUCUCCCUUUCCCCCUGUCCUCCUCUCCCUUUCCCCCUGUCCUCCUCUCCAUUUCCCCCUGUCCUCCUCUCCCUUUCCCCCUGUCCUCCUCUCCCUUUCCCCCAGUCCUCCUCUCCCUUUCCCCCUGUCCUUCUCUCCCUUUCCCCCUGUCCUCUCCCUUUCCCCCUGUCCUCCUCUCCCUUUCCCCCUGUCCUCCUCUCCCUUUCCCCCUGUCCUCCUCUCCCUUUCCCCCUGUCCUCCUCUCCAUUUCCCCCUGUCCUCCUCUCCCUUUCCCCCUGUCCUCCUCUCCCUUUCCCCCUGUCCUCCUCUCCCUUUCCCCCUGUCCUCCUCUCCCUUUCCCCCUGUCCUCCUCUCCCUUUCCCCCUGUCCUCCUCUCCCUUUCCCCCUGUCCUCCUCUCCCUUUCCCCCUGUCCUUCUCUCCCUUUCUCCCUGUCCUCCUCUCCCUUUCCCCCUGUCCUCCUCUCCCUUUCCCCCUGUCCUCCUCUCCCUUUCCCCCUGUCCUCCUCUCCCUUUCCCCCUGUCCUCCUCUCCCUUUCCCCCUGUCCUCCUCUCCCUUUCCCCCUGUCCUUCUCUCCCUUUCCCCCUGUCCUCCUCUCCCUUUCCCCCUGUCCUCCUCUCCCUUUCCCCCUGUCCUCCUCUCCCUUUCCCCCUGUCCUCCUCUCCCUUUCCCCCUGUCCUCCUCUCCCUUUCCCCCUGUCCUCCUCUCCCUUUCCCCCUGUCCUUCUCUCCCUUUCCCCCUGUCCUCCUCUCCCUUUCCCCCUGUCCUCCUCUCCCUUUCCCCCUGUCCUCCUCUCCCUUUCCCCCUGUCCUCCUCUCCCUUUUCCCCAGUCCUCCUCUCCAUUUCCCCCUGUCCUUCUCUCCCUUUCCCCCUGUCCUUCCCUCCCACCUUUCCUCCCCCUCUCUCACAUCCCUUCCCUUUCCUACUGUCCUCUCCCACCAUUCACGCUUCUCUCAGCCAUCCCUUUCCCCCCUCCCCUGCCCCUCGCCUUUCCCCACUACCGUCCCUUCCCUUUCCACGACGUUCUCUCGUUCGCGACAUUCGCCUUGGAUGUUUUCAUCGCAACACAACUUACACACUCGCUAGCCAAUUGA